AUGGUGUCGAUCCACUCCUUCGCCGUCGCCUGCGGCGCCCUCCUACUCUCUGUCGUUUCGGGACAAGACACCCCUGUUCGGAUUAUGGCCCUUGGCGACUCCAUCACCGGAUCCCCAGGAUGCUGGCGCGCUCUCCUCUGGCGUAAUCUCCAAACAGCUGGCAUCACCAACACCAAGUUCGUCGGCAGCUUACCCGGCCAGGGCUGCGGUUUCGAAUAUGACGGUGCUAACGAAGGCCACGGCGGCAUCCUCGCAACGGGCAUCGUUGAGCGGGAGGAACUGCCCGGGUGGCUGGCGUCCUCAACACCGGAUGUAGUCAUGAUGCAUCUGGGCACGAAUGAUGUCUGGAGCAACGAAAGCCCGACAGAACUCUUGGAUGCGUUUGGGACUAUGGUGGAUUGGAUGAGGGAGAGUAACGACGGGAUGAAGAUCCUGGUCGCUCAAAUUAUCCCAAUGAAUCCGCCAAACUGUGUGGAGUGUGGUGACCGCGUGGUGGCGUUUAACGAGGCGAUCCCAGCAUGGGCGGCAUCCAAGAACUCGACGGGUAGUCCUAUAACUGUCGUCGAUUGUUGGACGGGAUUUGAUACGGCCACGGAUACAGGAGAUGGGGUGCAUCCUAACAACGCUGGCAAUGAGAAGCUUGCAAACUGUUGGUAUGAGCCGCUGCGGAGCGCCAUUCAGGGGUAA